GGGAUGGGGUGCUCAGCAUGUAUGAGCUGGAGUACUUCUACGAGGAACAGUGUCAAAAACUGGAGGCCAUGGCUAUUGAGCCCCUUCCCUUCGAGGACUGCCUGUGCCAAAUGCUUGACCUCGUCACACCAGAAGUGGAAGGUAAGAUCACUCUGAGAGACCUCAAGAGGUGCAAGUUGGCCCACAUCUUUUUUGACACUUUCUUCAACAUUGAGAAGUACCUGGACCACGAGCAGAGGGAUCCUUUCUCUGUUAUCAGGGAGGCAGAAACCGACGAUCAGGAGGUCUCCGACUGGGAGAAAUAUGCUGCAGAGGAAUAUGAUGUCCUGGUGGCUGAGGAGGCCGCCAACAACCUUUGUCAUGAUGAGUAAGUGCGACUCGACUCUUCAGCUGGUGCAACAAGUCC